UCACCCUGCAGAGCAGAGAAGAAGAAGAAGAAGUAGUAGUGAGUGGCCGCAGAGGAGAUCGGUUAGGAUUCAGAAUAAGAUAUGGGGAAGCAGCAGCAGGCUCUGCCCCUUUGCAUGGUGUUCCUGGUGGCCUUCCUCGUCGUCUGUGCCAUGCACUCUGUCCCUGCAGAAGCAGGGAGAGCGCUGUUGCAGGUGACCUAUGAACCGCCAAGACCGGUGAUCCCAGGCUGGACGCCUUCUGUGCCUCGUGAACCUCAAACGCCAUGAGUGAGCCCGUACGAGGCACAGUGGACAUCGGACCACCCAAAAGGAAAUUAAAAUAAAAACCCGACAACGGACGACCAGCUGGAAUAAUACCGGUGCGCCUCUGAGAUUAUAUUCUCAGAUUGGAAUAGAAUAAAAGCUCCUUUAAAACGUAGAAAUUUUACAUGAAUCGUACAGUAAUUUUACAGGAAUUAGUUCAAUUUCAUAAAAAAUAUCUCCGUCCAAAUGAGGCUAAGACAGCUACUCCUUAUAUAUGUACUUGGGUAAUGAGAUAGAAUAAACAAAAAGUCCUAGCUGAAGUGCAUGGCUUUGUGUGUGUAUGUAUAUCAUGUACUCUUUCCGGUCAAUUUUAUAAGAUGUAUUUUGGUAUGAAAAAAUCUUUAAAAGUAUGUUUCAACAUUUAUUUUUUCUUACAAUAUGUUGUUAAUUGCUACAAUAUUAAUAUCAUAUUAAAAGCAUUUUAAAAUAUGAAUCUAUGAUAAAACUUUUGCACACGAAACAUACAUAUAGUUUAACUAAUUGUUAGUUAAAACUUACAAAAUUUAAUCUUUUUAAAUCAAAAUACAUCUUGUAAACAUGGACGGAGGGAGUACAUGUGUACCUUAAUCGUAGGCUGUUAAAAAGUCUGGCGGUAGAGGCGAGUUAUGAUGAGAGUGCUUCGAUUAAGGCAAUUUUGUGCUCGUGUAACAUGGUGUUGCCUCGAAUUCGAAUCUAGUGAAAUAAUAGCAUGCAUCAUAUGACGCGGCCUUUGAAAUUUGGGCCUUGUUUCGGACGUCGGAAAUUCUUUCAAUUCCUACAUGACUUAUCUGCAAAAGGGACUAAUCAAACACUAGUACUAAUCUGCCGACUGGACAUAACAAACCCGGGGGCAGUUCCAAGAAGAAGGUGGCAGCGUCAAACCAAACCUAAUUUCUACUAUAUAAAAUACAAAUUAAGUCUUAAAUCACCUCUUUCUACACUCUUCUCAUAUCUAAUAACUUAAAAUUUAAAUAUUUAUUUACUUUUGUUAUCUAGUUUUGUCCUUCAACUUUUUGUCUCGAUAUUAGCUACAGAUAUAGAACAUAUUUUACUAAUAAAAAUAAAUAAAGAAUUUGAAGAAAAAUUUACAGAUAAUCUUAUUAUCUUUUUCGGAUACUAUUAAAAUUAGACUACAAUACCACUCUUGAUAUAUUCGUUGAGCCGUGUUUUUAUAUGAUAAUCCAUAUUCGUAUCUUAAGUUUAGAGAUGAUGUUGCCAUGUGCCUCGUGAACAUAACAAACCUGGGGGCAGUUCCGACUUUUCCCGUCUCCCGACCGCCAGCGCAUGUCCUCUUAGCACGGGGAUAAUGCCGGCCACUAGCCGCCAGCGCACCUGCCCCACCCAGCACGGCCGCUUCCUAAUCAGCAAACCCAACCGAUCCGCGCCGUCCAUCGCGGCACCCGACGGUUCACCUCGCGCCACGCGGUGGGCCCGCCUCCACCGCCUCCUUCCGCAAUCCACCCGAAUAGUUUAAUCCACGCGCAAAAACCGAUUUUUUUUUUUAGAAAGAACGGCGGCAGCAGCGGCAGAAUCGCCAGGUUGCUCUGAUUGAUUGAUCGAUCGAUCGGAGGAGGAGGACAGGGAAGGGGGAGAUGGCGGCGUGCAGGGGGUUCUUCGAGUGCCUGCUCAGGCUGCUCAACUUCUUCCUCACCGUCGCCGGCCUCGCCAUGGUCGGAUACGGGAUCUACCUGCUCGUCGAGUGGAUGAAGAUAUCCGGCGCCGGCGCCGGCGGGGAAUCGCCGGCGGAGGUGCUCGUCUUCGGCCGGCCGUUGCUCACGGCCGUCGCGCUCGGUGACGGCGGCGACUUCCUCGACAACCUGCCCAAAGCAUGGUUUAUUUAUCUGUUCAUUGGUGUGGGCGCUAUCGUCUUCCUUGUGUCUCUGUUUGGCUGCAUCGGAGCAGGGACAAGAAGCACCUGCUGCUUGUGUUUCUAUGCUUUCUUGGUUAUUUUGUUGAUCCUUGCUGAGGCUGGAGCAGCUGCAUUCAUCUUCUUUGACCAUAGCUGGAAAGACGUAAUUCCAGUGGACAAGACACAUAACUUUGAUGUUAUGUAUGACUUUCUGAAGGAAAACUGGGAGAUUGCAAGAUGGGCUGCUCUUGGUGUUGUCGUAUUUGAGGUGUUGCUUUUCCUGUUAGCUCUAGUUGUCAGGGCAAUGAACAAACCCGCUGAAUAUGACAGCGAUGAUGAAAUCAUUGCAAUUGGACGAAGCACUAGCAUCCGGCAGCCACUGACCCAUUCCCAAAAUGUUCCUGCCACUGGCGUUCCCGUCCCACAACUUGAUCAACGUUCAAGCAGACAUGAUGCUUGGAGCCAAAGGAUGCGAGAGAAGUAUGGUCUGGACACGAGCCAGUUCACCUACAACCCUUCAGACCCAAGCAGGUAUCAGCAAAAUGGCGCCCCUCAGGCUGAAGAAAGGAGUCGUUGCACCAUAAUGUGAAAAAUCGUUUACAAGGUUCUCCCAGAUGAUGGAUUUUCUUGAAUGGGCUACCUCAGCUUGUGUAGUUUGGUCACGAUCGUGUUGUUCAGAGUGGUGUAUGGUAUAGAGAGUUGCUACCUUAAUGUUUAUCCUACUUGAUUUCUUCUCUACAAAUGCUCUAUGCACCUGUAAUUUUCUUGUGAGUGAAGAACAGCUAGCCAUUGACAUCUUUUAUUUUGCAUUUACCGGGGCCUGUUUUCCCUUCCACAUUCAGUUUCGAGUGUCAAGCAGCUCUGUUUAAUCGACACCGUGCUCCUGUUUGUAAGAUUUGGUUGUGCUGUGAAGUAAGAUGGGUUGGUAGAAUGUGUUUUGCUGUGAAUACAUCGUUGGGAUUUUGUACUUGGAAAUUCGGUUCUAGCUGUGAAUAUAUCAUAGGAAUUUGUUCCA